AUGGUCGGGCCUCCGGAUUAUGCUGCUGGCACCUCUUGCGACUGGGCAGCUGAUCUCGGGAUCAACUUUUCCUACUUGUUUGAGCUUCGAGACAAUGGGACGUAUCAUUUCCUACUCCCAGAGGAGCAGAUCCAGCCCUGCUGUGAGGAAACCAUGGUAGCUGUGACAACCAUCAUCAAGCACAUCAAUGAUAAACACUUCCAGAACUCCUCUCCAGGGAUUGCAGCCCUGUGGUCGAGUGUGCUAGUCUGCGGCUUCUUAAACAUACACUUCACAAGCACUCCCUCUGUCCUGCACCGAAGUGCCAGCCCGGAUAAAGUGCUCUCGUCUCCGCUCAGCACCAUACAAACACACAGCUACACCAAGUAUCACCCAAUGGCAGAGAUCUAUUCCUGGAUGGAGCAAAUAAAGGAAAACCACAAGGACUUGGUGACGCAGCAUCUGCUGGGUGUAACCUACCAGAAUCGGCCCAUGUACUACCUGAAGAUCAGCAGAAAGUCCAACAAGCCCAAGAAGAUUAUCUGGAUGGAUUGCGGAAUUCAUGCCAGGGAAUGGAUCUCUCCUGCUUUCUGCCAGUGGUUUGUGAAGGAGGUAUUAGAGACCUACACUGCAGACCCUAAAACAGAUCGCUUCCUCCAAAACAUUGACUUCUACGUCCUACCGGUUUUGAACAUCGAUGGCUACAUUUACACUUGGACAACAGACCGUCUGUGGAGAAAAUCCAUGUCUCCGUGCACCAACAGCACCUGCUUUGGAACCGAUCUCAACAGGAACUUUGAUGCAAAGUGGAGCAGUAUUGGGGCUUCAAGAAACUGCUGCUCAAUCAUUUACUGUGGUUCAGCCUCUGAGUCUGAACCUGAGACCAAGGCGGUUGCUGAUUUUCUCCGUCGCCAUGCGCCUGACAUUCUGUGCUACCUGACCAUUCACUCCUACGGUCAGCUGAUCCUGACCCCGUACGGGUACACCAACUCAACAAGCAGCAACCAUGAGGAACUGGUGCAAGUUGCAGAAAAGGCAGCCACUGCAUUGGAGCAGAAACAUGGGACCAAGUACAAAGUGGGACCUUCCUCGUGGAUUCUUUAUUACACAGCUGGUACAUCACGCGACUGGGCAGCUGAUCUUGGGAUCAACUUUUCCUACACAUUUGAGCUUCGAGACAAUGGGACGUAUCAAUUCGUUCUCCCAGAGGAUCAGAUCCAGCCCUGCUGUGAGGAAACCAUGGUAGCUGUGACAACCAUCAUCAAGUACAUCAAUGAUAAACACUUCCAGAAUUCCUCUCCAGGGAUUGCGGCCCUGUGGGUUUUAACAGAAAACAUUCAAGACCUCCUGGACCAUCAGAUUCAGAGAGACCAUGAACUGCCUCGUAGCAUUGGAGCACACAGCUACACCAAGUAUCACCCAAUAGCAGAGAUCGGUUGGACGUCCGACAAGCCCAAGAAGAUUAUCUGGAUGGAUUGCGGAAUUCAUGCCCAGCAGUGGAUGGCUCCUGCUUUCUGCCAGUGGUUUGUGAAGAAGACCCAAAGUAUUGCAGCAGCCGAGCUGCAGCUGCAAGUCACCAUUUCUGUGCCUGUAGAACUGUUCAACGUCCGCCUCCAUCUCCAGGACCGUCUGUGGAGAAAAUCCAUGUCUCCGUGCGGCAACAGCACCUGCUUUGGAACCGAUCUCAACAGGAACUUUGAUGCAAAGUGGUGCACUUUCGGACUGCGCUCGGGUCAUCAAGCAACAUCUGCGGGGAAGACGUGGCUUUACUGGUUCUUGGCUUGA